UGUCUUUUUUUAAAACCGGAAAUCACGGACUUCAUAAAACGGUUUUUGUUUUUGGAAGGGGGGGUGUUGGGGGGACUUUUUUUUGACAUUUAAAAUUGUGAGUUGGUUUAAGCAUCUUUACGUGAAACACGACCCGUCACUCAAGUAACGUCAUCUUUUAUGUAAAAGUAGUUAACGUGUCGCUGUUACGGAAGGCGGGACGUUAAUUACACCGUAACGACGUUAACCGUUUAUUACAAAAAUGUCACAUCGUACUUUCAAACCGUCGUUUUGCAACUGCGGUCAUGUGGUCCGUCAUCCGUGGAAGCUCGGUCACGUCAGCCGGCACUUGAAAUGUAAUGCUCGUCUAUUCGAGGUGAUGUAAAGUCAGCUCAAAUGACAUUUUGAUAUUCAUAAUUUCCCUGUAUUUGACAUUUUAUAAAAAUGAAUCCUUAAGAGGUUAUGUCAAUAUUUCACUGGAUUCUUGUUAAUGACGACCUUCAGUAUGUACAUGAAUAUUGUCAUAAAAUAUUACUGUACAGUUUUUGAGAAAAUUAGAUGUAAAGUCAGCUCAAAUGACAUUUUGAUAUUCAUAAUUUCCCUAUAUUUGACAUUUUAUAAAAAUUAAUCCUUAACCAAUGAAGGAAAUGUUUUUUUUAGAGAUCAAAGAUGAUUAUUAGGUCAUAUUAUAAUUUUCGAGCCCUUUUUCAAUUAAAGAUUAUACAGCAGUGUAAUUUCAGAUUUUAUUAUUGUUAUAUUUCACUUAAUGUACAGAAUUACGUUGUUUUUGACUUGUUAUAUCAAAUUGGACAAAUUAUUGAUGAAAUAUAGGUCUAUUUCGGGGCUUUUUGGGCUAUCCAAGCACCCGUACCGUAGCACCUCGAAUAGACGAGCAUUACAUUUCAAGUGCCGGCUGACGUGACCGAGGUUCCGCGGAUGACGGACCACAUGACCACAGUGUUUUGCCCCAAACUCUCUCACUUGGUUUUCAACAUAUUUCACACGCGGUGCCCCCCUGACAUAGCUUUAGCUUCACUGUCAUCAUCCUCAAAACUAGAAUAAAAAAAAUAAAAAACAGGUAUAUUUAAUGUCUCCUAAAAUAUGCGACAUGUGACUGGAGUAGCGUUAGCAUUAGCUUAAAGGGAGACAUUCAUAGCUCGAAUGAAGCAGGAAAAAGACAGAAGAGAAGCAUGGCGUGGGCUUUCUUUUCUGCUGAUUAAAAUGCUGAUUUCUGACAAACAAAAAAUGCCCUCCUCUCAGGAUGAAUAGUGUACGUGUACAGAUGGAGUGAAGAUGUCUGUUCACAGCAUAUUGCACACACACUUGUGGUCAAAUUACAAAAAAUAAAAGCUUCAAGUAGCUUAAAAUGACGCCAUGAUGCUACUACUAAAGAGACACAGCUACCAGUCCCAGCUGUGGAGACAUUGGUACAGCUGUCUCUUUGUAAGGCAUUGAUAGGCUUUUGUACUUGUAUUGUUCUUGUAUGUCAUUUUGAGUAUUUGUCUUAUAUGGACACUGAGUCUGAAAUAAAGUUUGAUUGAUUGAUGAAAUACAAGGCUACAGAAUAACAUAUUAUUUAGCUAGGUGGCUAAUGCUCUGAUCUAAAUAUACAUGGCGUCAUGCUGUGUUAGUCAGCUGUCUCACAGGUUCCACUUGGUUCCCCUACUGAGCCACCAGAGGGUGUUGCUGCAUUGGUUUAUCCGCUGAGGGGGUUUCUUCCUUGUUUUUGGUAGACUCACGUGAUUAAAUGGAACAUGCCAAAGCCUUGUUGGCACUGCUAUUGCUGCAAAAAGAUAACUCAGGUACAGCUCACAAGUGCCAGAAAACUACAGCCUCAAAAAAAAAUGUAUUUAGCUGCAUGGCUAUGGUCAGUUAUUUUGUAUAUACUAUAUAUAUAUCGUAAUGUACAUAUAGUAUUUACAUAUAUACCUUAAUGUAUAUAUAGUAUCUGCUUACAUAAGUCUGUCCUAGUUUCUUAAAUAGAUAAGAAUAAAGCGUGUGGACUUUGGAUCAUGUUGAAAUAUCGUUAUGGCCUCUUGUGAAAUGUGACUUUUUUAAUUUAGAGACAUUCAUUUUCUUUAAUGAUGAAAUUAUCAAAGUUUAAAUGAGAAGUUUAAUAAGUAGUAGUUACACACGUCUCUCGCUGUACUUACAGUAUUAGUUAAUGUGACUUGAGUUGUGUCUGCUGACCUGUCUGUCUGUCUGUCUGCAGCCACAGAGAGACAGACAGCUGGAUGUUUGGCAUAGUAACCAGUUCAGGCUUCUUGUUUCCAUGUGGCUUUCUUGCUACAGCAGCUGUCUUCUGGCUGCAGCUUUUAAAGCAACAGUCCCGAAAACUACAGUGAACAUUGAAGGGAUAAACACUGCAUCUGUGCCUCUCCCCUGUGGGUUUUUUAACGAGGAAGUAAACCCGACAUGAGGUCCACUCUCCAAAUAUUGCUCUAAAUGUUGGUUUAACUUCCCCUUAAGCAGUGUGGGUUAGUGAGCUGUUGGCCUGCUGAGUUUAGGGUUUUGGAAACAAUUUGCCUCGUCUGUCUCCUCUGAUCUCUGAGAAUAAUGAUUUGUUUGUCUGGUGCGAGUGCAUGCGUGUGUUUAUGUGUCGUAUGUGUGCAUUGCCUUGGGUGGUUCCUCUGUCAGCUGAUAGUAGCGGUAGUGUUGGGUUUCAUCAUGCUGCUUACUCCCCACCCUCCACCUCCAGUGAAGUUAGGGAGGGAACACAUGUGUGUGUGUGUGUGUUUGUUGUCGUGCUGACGUCUCCAGACUCUGGUGUACUCGGUUUAAGAGACACAUAGCAAGUCCCAGCAGGGGGGGGGGGGCCUCCACUCUGCCCUUCCCUUUCUGUCGCUUCCUCAACACAAACUUGAAGAAGAGGAGGAGUUUCUUUCAAGUUUGUUUAUUGGUACCUCUUCUCGUCCCUCUUGCAGCUCCAGUCACUAUAUUGCGAUACCGACUGUCAAAAGCAGAUGACCCGAGCGUGGCAUAUGUGUGUGUGUGUGUGUGUGUGUGUGUGUGUGUGUCAGGAGUGGGAAGGGCCGGCUCUAACCUGAUGCUAUUAAUACCACCUAAUGAACAUAAUCUGAAGGGGAGGUUAUCCUCUUACAUUUGUUGGCCGGGUGGCUGAGGGGAGGAGUGGAGCGAGAGAAAGGGGAGGGGAAAAGCUCCUGAAUUUCCACAUCGAGCUGCAGUGCCUCCUGUCUCUCUUUCUCUCUCUCUCUCGCUCUCUCUUUGUUUCUCUGUCUCUCUUUCUAUAUUGCUCCACUGAAUGGAAGAAACAGAAAGCUAAACAGAUGCUUUAAAGUUUCAUUUCUCAUCUAAUCUGACUCCCCCCUUUCUAUAUUUUGCCCUCUGUCUCUCUGGAUGUGUUGUACCAGAGGGCACGGCCGUUAACUUUACUGUGCGGGUGUGUGUGUGUGUGUGUGUGUGUAUACAUACACUUGGAGUGUACUUGUUGGCAGUAAUUUGGGAUUAAAACACAACUUGUGGAGUACGCACAGUGGGAGCCUCCCAUGUGUUUUUCCUCCAGUCAUGAACUCUCUACCAUCCUACUCAGGAGCUAGAAUAUCUGGCUGUUGGAAUCUGAGAUCUGAUGGCAGCGGAGGCAGCGAGGGGUCUCUGGACCGGCUUCUCCCCACAAUCAGCACCGGCCUCUCCCCGAGGAAGAGGACCACCAGUCAGUGCAAGUCCGAUCCUCCUCUUCUGCGCACCUCCAAACGAACCAUUUACACCGCGGGCCGCCCGCCGUGGUACAACGAGCACGGAGCGCAGUCCAAAGAGGCCUUCGUCAUCGCCUGCGUCCCUGCAUGACAACGAUAGCCUACAGCGCUCUCAGCACGCAUGUUAUCAGGGUGCCUCGUCAAGCCAGCGCUUGCACAGUCUGUGCGGCGGCAGCGCUUCAGGAAAGACGACGGUAGCUCGGAAAAUCAUCGAAGAUCUGGACGUGCCGUGGGUCGUGUUGCUCUCCAUGGACUCCUUUUACAAGGUGCUGACCCCAGACCAGCAGACUCUGGCCGCCAGCAACGACUACAACUUCGACCACCCCGACGCCUUCGACUUCGACCUGCUGACGCACACGCUGCGCAAACUCAAACAGGGCAAGAGCGUGAAGAUCCCCGUGUACGACUUCACGACCCACGGGAGACAGAAGGAGUGGAAAACCCUGUACGGAGCCAGCGUCAUCAUCUUCGAGGGAAUCAUGUCCUUUGCUGAUAAGAAGCUCCUGCAGCUGCUGGACAUGAAGAUUUUCGUGGACACGGACUCCGACAUCCGGCUGGUGCGUCGGUUGAGGAGGGAUAUCACGGACCGGGGCCGGGACAUCGAGGGCGUCAUCAAACAGUACAACAAGUUCGUCAAGCCGGCGUUCGAGCAGUACAUCGAACCCACCAUGCGCCUGGCCGACAUCGUGGUGCCCCGUGGCGGUUUCAACAUGGUGGCCAUCGAUUUGAUCGUGCAGCAUGUCCACAGUCAGCUGGAGGAGAGGAAACUUCGCUGGGAUAUGGCAGCCCUGGCUUCUGCACACCAGGCCCAUCCCCUCCCCCAGACGCUCAGUGUUCUGGAGAGCACGCCUCAGGUCAGGGGCAUGCACACCAUCAUCAGGAACAAGGAGACCAGCCGGGACGAGUUCAUCUUCUACUCCAAGAGGCUGAUGCGUCUGCUGAUCGAGCGGGCGCUCUCCUUCCUCCCCUCGCAGGUCCACGUAGUCCAGACCCCCCAGGGAGAGGAUUAUGAAGGCAGGAGUUUCCACGGGAAGAGGAUCACAGGCGUGUCCAUCUUGCGAGCCGGGGAGACCAUGGAGCCGGCUCUGAGGGCCGUGUGCAAAGACGUCCGCAUCGGCAAGAUCCUGAUCCAGACCAACCAGGACACGGGAGAACCAGAGCUUCACUACCUGCGUCUCCCGAAAGACAUCGGUGAAGAUCACGUGAUCCUGAUGGACUGCACCGUGUCCACCGGAGCCGCCGCCAUGAUGGCCGUUCGAGUCCUGCUGGACCAUGACGUUCAGGAGGACAAGAUCCUGCUGGUGUCUCUGCUCAUGGCAGAAAUGGGAGUUCACUCAGUGGCCUACGCGUUCCCACAGGUCAAAAUCAUCACAACCGCUGUGGACAAGAAGGUCAACAACCUCUUUCACAUCAUCCCCGGCAUCGGAAACUUCGGGGACCGAUACUUUGGAACAGACGCACCGCCCAACUGGAGCGACGAAGAGAUGGAUGAGCCCAGUUACUGAUGGAACUAUCGGCGACUGAUCGGGCGAUUCGGGGCUCCGCCCCCCUUUCGGAGGACGAUACGAGGACACGCUGUAGGAAACAAGGAGCCCAGAGGAAUCAACUGAAAACACUGUACAGUCACCCUGUUGGCAUUCUGCGUGUAUUAUUUAAUAUCAUGUAAAUGCUCUCAUGGGAAGUUUAUGAAGUAUGAAAUAUUUUUAUAUAUACAGUAUGCUAUUUGUAUUUUAUUGUUUGAAUUGUGACGAUCUCUGACGUUAGCAGGCAUGUUGCUUUAAGCCGUGAACUGUGGACGACACGAACGAAUGUGAAUUUAAACGCGCCGCAAAAAGAAGAAGACGUCAAGCUUUUAAGGUUGUUGUUUCACCGCGUAUACCUUCCUCACAACUUUCACAAAAGUAAAAAUCAGAACAUGAACUCGUGUUGCUCAACACUCCAUCGCCACGAGCACUUUGUGAAGGACCAGUCAGUCGGGAAGUGUGUGGGUGUAUCCGUCUCUCUGAGCUCUCUGGUUCACCCUCUUCCUUUCUGUGGACGCUGACCGAACCAGUUAAAACGAGUGUUAAAACGCUUCUCUUUCAUUAUACAGCUCAGAGUAUGCACUCGCGGUGUAUAUUUAUGCAGCGUGUUCUUCAUUUACAUAGUUAUGCAGCCAAGAAAACGGCUCAUCUGCAUUCAACAAACGUAGAUUGAGAGUUUAUCUCAGUCCCCAUCAGAUGCUCUUCUUCUUCUUCUGUUUGUAUUUAAAGGGCUGUUGAGUGGAGGACACAUGAACUCAGAACAUCUGGAUGUUAACGUGUUCACACAGCUGGUUCCUGGUGUUUAUAAACGGUGUCAGCACUGAAAUGAAUGAGAUCCGUCGGUUAAAGUUGGUGCGUAUUUAUUCUGGCCUUGUUGUUCUUUAGAGAGUGAGCCAGAUGUUUGGUGUCUCCUCCAUGUUAAGCUCACGUCAGCUAAUGCAGCCAAACAUCACAGCUGCUCAAUAUUCAUUUUGAGUUUAUUAUGCAGUUUAUUUAACAGGACGUUCUCUUCAACAAGUUGAACUAUACAGAUUGUAACGGAUCAUUUGUAAAAGAAAAUAUAUAUGUGUGUGUUUAUAUAUACAUAUAUAUAUAUAUA